GACGAAGAUAAAGUAUUAUUUACCUAUAAUAUGAGCUUUAUAGGAAGAAAACCAAUUGGUGUAGCUAGGGAUAGGGAUUGGGAUUGUUAGUUUUAUUGCUGGGUUUUUUUUUUUGAUUUACCAUAACUGACUUGACAACACAAUUUAAAUAUCAUAUCGCUUCCUGACAUACUAACAUUUUAUCGCUUUGUUAUUAGGGGCGAUAAGAUUUUACAUUAAAGUUUCAGCAUAGUUUUGUUCAAUUAAAAAAAAGAUAAGAAGAUAAGACAAUCAUAAAGUGUCAGCAUAGAAAACACUAGUUUACAAAAUUUUAUGUGCUGCUUAAACAUUUUUCUUAUCAAAAUUGUUCAUGCAUAUAGUAUAACUUCUUUUACAUGUCCCUUAGUGUGGAUAACCACAUUUUAUUCAAUUUAUUUUUAAGUCAUUCGUAUUUUUAUUAACAAGUCCGUUAAAAUAUUAAUUAAAGAACUGUUUAAAAAAUGAUUUAUUUUGCUAACAAGUGUUACAUGUAGGUUUGAUAAGGAAUUUAUAUAAAUACGCAGAAUAGGAAUGAUUGUCUUUAGUGUCUAUUCUACCGGAAAGAAAGCAUUAUCUUAAUUUUAGGUUCACGAUGAGCUCUAAUACAAAGGAUGGUAUCACCAUACGCAUUAUGACCGUAGAGGAUUAUAAGAAUGUAAAAGCAUUCAUGGAGGAUGACUUCUUACUGUCAGAACCUUUGUCGCAAUCCAGCGGAGAAUCCUUUCAUCAGAAUAAGGAUAAUGGAGAAUAUCUCCUGUCGAUGAUUGCUCAGGACACCUGUUUGGUGGCACUCGAUGAGAACAACGGUGGACGUCUGGUGGGAUUUGUCAUGGCUGGAGCACAGUUUCCCGAGGAUACAGAACAGCACCGCGUUGAGGCCGAGGCCAUGGAGCAGCACACUUGGGGUCGCAUUUACAGAUUGCUUUCUAAAAUUGAACGGGAGGCCAACAUAUUUGAGCGCUUUGGAAUCUCGAAAGCGCUCUAUUCCCACAUUACCAGUGUCGAUAAGGCGAUGAGGGGCAAGGGAUUGGGUUCCCGACUCGCCGCCACUUUGAUGGAGGUGGGCCGAUCCAAGGGAUUCCCGGUGAUGGUGGCCUAUUGCACGAGCUUCUUUUCCGCCCGCCAGAAGGAAGCCCUGGGGAUGCAAUGCAUCCACUCCCUCACCUAUGCCGACUACAAGGACGCUCAUGGGCAACCGAUCUUUAAACCCGCUGCGCCUCACACAAUGGUCCGGGCUAUGGCCAUUAAACUUUGAGGUGGUCAAGUUGAUAAAACU